AAAUAGUAACCUAACGGUCCAGUCAUCGUUCUGUGGUUCUUUCUUUUAUGAUUCACAAGGAAUGACCCUCUUCAUAGCCUCUCCUAAUUCAGUCCUCACAACAGUCCUUUUACAAAUGGGACAGCUUUACAGUCCUUUUACAAAUAGGACAACAGGUUACAGGAAGUCAGGCAGAUUCCCAGCAUCAUAGAGAGUAAAGGACCAGGGAAGGAUCAGGAUUCAAGGACUGCACCCAGGCUCUGCUUCCAGCUUGCUGUGUGACUUUGGGUAAUUUUGUUCCCUUAGGGACCUGAGCUUUCUCAUUUGUAAAUGCGAACAGGCUGCUGGGAAGAUCAAAUGAGAUCCAGGGGUGAAAACAGCUUAGUUUACUUUCAGGAAUUUACCCACGCAGUAUAUAAAGGCAAAAUAUUAUUAUAGUCGGGUGAUUGUAGAUUGAGGAACUCAUUUCCUCAUUCUGCAAAUUGCAAACCUGAGGGCCCCAAGAGGGACAGGGGCUUGCCCCAGGUCUCAGCAGGCUACGAGCAAGAGCUAAAGCCUAAUCCUCCUGCCUUUGGGCCUGGAGCCCUUCCUUGUACCCUAGGGGUCAGUGUCUUUGUUGGAUACAGGCUUAGAUUGACUGACUGUACCCUGAGAACCUAGGGGAGUCCCUGUUCCCAAUUCUUCUCCUACCCCCACCUUGGCCUGAUGGAGGAAGACCCUGCUGUGUCGAGAUGACCACCAGAGGCAAGAAGCUGAGGAGGAUCUGGAGAAUUCUGGAGGAAGAGGAGAGUGUUGCUGGAGCUGUACAGACCCUGCUUCUCAGGUCAGUGGCCCAGAGGAGGAAAGAGAAUCCCAGAGAGGCCAAGAACUCACGGAGAGCCCCACGGCGAGGUCCCAGGAAGGUGGCGUCAGCAUCUGCAGCCGCGUCGACGUUGUCGGAGCCUCCGCGGAGGACCCAGGAGAGCCGGACUAGGACCAGGGCCCUGGGCCUCCCCACACUCCCCAUGGAGAAGCCGGCGGCCUCUACAGAGCCCCAAGGGCCUCGGCCGGUCCUGGGCCGUGAGAGUGUCCAGGUGCCCGAUGACCAAGACUUUCGCAGCUUCCGGUCAGAGUGUGAGGCUGAGGUGGGCUGGAACCUGACCUACAGCAAGGCUGGGGUGUCUGUCUGGGUGCAGGCUGUGGAGAUGGAUCGGACGCUGCACAAGAUCAAGUGCCGGAUGGAGUGCCGUGAUGUGCCAGCCGAGACACUCUACGACGUCCUACACGACAUUGAGUACCGCAAGAAAUGGGACAGCAACGUCAUUGAGACUUUUGACAUCGCCCGCUUGACAGUCAACGCUGACGUGGGCUAUUACUCCUGGAGGUGUCCCAAGCCCCUGAAGAACCGUGAUGUCAUCACCCUCCGCUCCUGGCUCCCCAUGGGCGCUGAUUACAUCAUUAUGAACUACUCAGUCAAACAUCCCAAAUACCCACCUCGGAAAGACUUGGUCCGAGCUGUGUCCAUCCAGACGGGCUACCUCAUCCAGAGCACAGGGCCCAAGAGCUGCGUCAUCACCUACCUGGCCCAGGUGGACCCCAAAGGCUCCUUACCCAAGUGGGUGGUGAAUAAAUCUUCUCAGUUCCUGGCUCCCAAGGCCAUGAAGAAGAUGUACAAGGCGUGCCUCAAAUACCCCGAGUGGAAGCAGAAGCACCUGCCUCACUUCAAGCCAUGGCUGCACCCGGAGCAGAGCCCGUUGCCGAGCCUGGCGCUGUCGGAGCUGUCGGUGCAGCAUGCGGACUCACUGGAGAACAUCGACGAGAGCGCGGUGGCCGAGAGCAGAGAGGAGCGGAUGGGCGGCGCGGGAGGCGAGGGCAGCGACGACGACACCUCGCUCACCUGAGCGCCGCACCGCACCGCUUCAGGGACGGAGACAGGACCGGGCGAGCCCCUGGGGUGGCGGCUGCUCCUGCGCUUUCUCCCCUCCCCCACCCGGCACCUCCUGGUGGCACUGGGCCGGGCCCAGGCGGGUGCUGCAGCCUGGCUGGACAGAGCCCCAAUAAACGAUCCCACAGCCUCA